AUUAAAAGCCCAAUAAAUAGUUAUAUCCAAUAAUUGAAAAAACCCAAUUACAACCUCAAAAAAACAAAACAAAAAACAAUAACAAUAUAAUUGUCUCUCUCUCUCUCUUGGUCAUUCUCCUUUCUCGAUCGAUCGAUCUCCGAUCAGCAACUUCAUCAGGUAAUUUUUAAGUAGAAGAGUGAAAAAGAUGUCGGGGCAAUCACAACGUUUGAAUGUGGUCCCCACAGUGACAAUGCUUGGAGUGGUUAAGGCACGUUUGGUUGGAGCAACAAGAGGACAUGCUCUUCUCAAGAAGAAAAGUGAUGCUUUAACUGUUCAGUUUCGUCAGAUCUUGAAAAAGAUUGUUUCAACAAAGGAAUCAAUGGGUGACAUAAUGAAAACAUCUUCAUUUGCAUUAACUGAGGCUAAGUAUGUAGCCGGUGAUAACAUCAAGCACGUUGUGCUUGAGAAUGUUAAAGAAGCUUCACUCAGGGUACGUUCUCGCACUGAGAACGUAGCAGGAGUGAAGCUUCCUAAGUUUGAUUACAGUGCUGACGGUGAGGCCACGAAGAAUGAUCUGACUGGAUUGGCUAGAGGUGGUCAGCAGGUGCAGCAAUGUCGUGUUGCUUAUAUUAAAGCUAUUGAGGUUCUUGUUGAGCUUGCUUCGCUUCAGACCUCUUUCCUUACCCUUGAUGAUGCUAUUAAGACUACUAACCGUAGGGUUAAUGCUCUUGAGAAUGUUGUUAAGCCGCGGUUGGAGAAUACUAUUAGUUACAUUAAGGGUGAGUUGGAUGAGCUUGAGAGAGAGGAUUUCUUUAGGUUGAAGAAGAUUCAGGGUUAUAAGAGGAGGGAAAUUGAAAGGAAGAUGGUGAUUGCUAGGGAACAACAAGCUAUUGAAAAGUUACAACUGCAGCAAGGGGUUUCUUUCGAAACCUCUCACAACUUGUUGGCUGGUACAACCGGUAAAGACGAGGAUAUCAUUUUCUAAAUAUGAAUAUAGAGAGAUAUGUGCUCUUGCUCCUUCUUCGUGGUAGUGGCUGGCUAUGUCUUGGUGUUGCUGCUGGUUCUUUUGCAGGGUUAGACAUUGUUCUGUAUCAUGAAUAAAAGUGCUUAAUAUGUGUUUAUUUAUUUCUUUGUUAUUUUAAGGACGUAAAUUUUUAUCAUGUUCAGAGGCAUUGAGACAAUCAUCAUUUGAAAUUGUGGUUCUUAUCUGGUCUUGUGAAAGAUUUAAGUUAUUGUGAUUAGCUAUACUUUUCCUUUCAGAAUGUAUUAAUUAUCUAUAGAACAUAUGGCUGUAGCAUAUGAUUCACUGGACAUGUUGAAUAACAAAUUAAAAUGCAGGGCUUUAUCCUUGUGAUUCUGUCUA